CCUCACUUGUGCCCUGUGCAUUCAUUUGGCUGCCUUUUUGCUCUCUGUCCAUUCUGCUCUGCUCUUACUCAUUUACUGACUCAGUCAAUCACUUCAAUCAAAAUGAGCACUCGUAGCUAUUCUGUGCGUUCCUCUCAUGGGUCCAUCCAGCGCAGUUCUGCAUUGCCUGCUUACCGGGCAGCCAGCAUCUAUGCUGGAGCUGGUGGCCAAGGCACUCGUAUCUCUUCAGCCUCCUAUAGUGGUGUACAAAGUGGGCUGGGAUCCUCUUCCCUGUCCAGCUCCUUCCAAGUAAGUGCCUCUGGGACCACAGGCGAGAUCAUGGGCAACGAGAAGAUGGCCAUGCAGAACCUAAACGAUCGCCUGGCCUCCUACCUGGAUAAGGUUAGGAGCCUGGAGAAGGCUAACAGCAAGCUGGAGCAGCAGAUCCGUGAGGCUCUGGAGAAGCGAGGUCCUGACGUACGUGACUACAGCCGCUACCAAGCCAUCCUGGAUGACCUGCGUAAAAAGGUCUUUGAUGCUACUGUGGAUAACGCACGACUCGUGCUCCAGAUCGAUAAUGCUCGUCUGGCAGCUGAUGACUUCAGAGUGAAGUAUGAGUCUGAGCUGUCCAUCCGGCAGUCAGUCGAGGCCGAUAUUGUCGGCCUGAGGAAAGUCAUCGACGAUACCAAUAUGGGCCGCAUGAACCUGGAGAGUGAAAUUGAAAGCCAAGAGGAGCUCAUCUUCCUCAAGAAGAACCAUGACAAUGAGGUCAUUGAACUGAGAAACCAGAUUUCUCAGUCAGGAGUGCAGGUGGAUGUUGAUGCACCUAAGGGACAGGAUCUGGCUCAGAUCAUGGCAGAGAUAAGAAGCAAGUAUGAGAAGAUGGCCCAAAAGAACCAGGAAGAGCUCAAAGCAUGGCACGAGUCACAGAUUCAGGAAGUGCAAGUACAAGUCUCACAGAACACAGAGGCCCUUCAGGGUGCACGGACAGAAGUCACUGAACUCCGCCGACAGAUUCAGACACUACAGAUCGAGUUGGAGUCGCAAAAUAGUCUGAAAGCUUCACUGGAAGGCUCACUGCGGGAAACAGAGAUGCGCUACAACAUUGAAAUCGAGAACCUGAAUUCUAAUAUACGGCAGCUGGAGGCUGAGCUGACGCAGCUGCGCAACAACAUCCAGCAGCAGACACAGGAUUACGAAGUUCUUCUCAACAUGAAGAUGAAGUUGGAGGCUGAGAUCGCCACCUACAGAAGACUUCUCGAUGGUGAAGACUUCCAGCUGGAAGAUGCUGUUGAUGAACAGAAAAGGGUAAAAGUGAUGACCGUCACACAAACACUCGUGGAUGGAAAAGUGGUGUCCUCAACCACGGAGACCAAGGAGAGAAAGGUGUAAUCAAGUCAUCAAGCCUUCUCCGACAACACAACACUAACAACUCAUGACACUGUAUUGAUAACUAUUCAAACAAUGUUUGGAGAAAAUAAAUUAUUUAUUGCAUCCAUAGUUCCUUACUUAAAUUGGGUCUGUGCCAAUAAAUUUUUUUAUCAUGAAUAAAGUUAUAUUUUCAGAAUAUUUCUAGGUAACAACUAUUAAAAGCAAAGUUAAUUGCACACAAUAUUUGUUGAAAAUUACCAAUAUUGUGUACAUUAUUCACAAUGUGUACAGUUUGUUGUUUGUUUGUUGUGUUGUACCGAAUAAAUGAUGAAAUAAGUCUCACUUUUA